CUGCACUUGUGACAGGUGUUUAUGCUUCUCAACCCAGCAGCUACAGAGUCCUUCUCAAAGGUUGAUACCAUCAUGCGACCUUGGGUAGCCAUCUUCAGCCCCAUACUCCUUCUGACAGAUGCUGUCAUUUCUCACGUACAAGUGAAUGGCGUGGUGAAUCAGUCUGCCACGCUGUCCUGCACGUACUCGACAGCUAGCGGAGUCACCACCAUGUGCUGGGGCCGGGGGGUAUGUCCUAUGUCCCAAUGCUCAGAUGUAAUUAUCCGGACUAAUGGAUUCCUCGUCACCUUUCGGAAGCACCCGCGUUAUAAGCUAAAUGGAAAUCUUUUAAAUGGGAAUGUGUCUUUGACCAUAGAGAAUGUGGCUCUGACUGACAGCGGCCUUUACUGCUGCCGUGUUGAACACAGAGGGUGGUUCAAUGAUAUGAAACACACCCUAUCAUUGGAGAUAAAGCCAGCUAAGGUCACCAGUGUUCCAACGUCACCUAGGGUCUUUACCUCUACUUCUUCAACGCCAGCACCCACGCAGAACCUCAAGCCAGAACAGACAGCAGACACCCCGCCUACUGCCCCGCAGGAAACGAGGACAACACAGCCCACCAAUUCAACAUGGUACUCUUGCCCAACAGAUGGGAAUGGCACCGUGACACUGUCUUCAGAUGGCCACUGGCAGAGCAACCAAACUCAUGUGUUCCUAGCACAAAAUCCGUGGAUGACCACCAGUAAGGGACUCUACAUUGGAAUCUGCGUUACUGCUGUGGUAUUGCUCACUGUGUUGCUUGUCCUGAUUACCAAAAAACAUGUAUACAUAAGAAGGAAGCUGGAACAACUAAACUUGAUUUCGUUGAGUGACCCUCAGACCGGAGCUUUGCAAAGUGCAUCUCAAGUGGGUGCACGAGCAGAAGACAAUAUCUACAUUAUCGAGGACAAUAUUUACAUCAUGGAUUAAGACCCAGUGGCCCUUUAAGGAUUUAUGCCCUUGACUGCAGAAGAUAACGACAGGAUAUCACCAUGUCAGAGUUCUCUUAAGCUCUAGAAUGAUUUUUCUGUCAAUUUCAAAUGAUAUUCCAAUAUGUCAGUUAUGAUGGGUAGGCUGACUUUGGUUCAUCUGUGUACAAUCAACCUCAUUGAUCAUAGAGUCCUAAUUUUUUAUACUAUAACUCGUUCAAUAUUUCUGGUUGUUGCAGAGUUUUCUCUCAAACAUGAAAUGAACACUUUAGAAUUGUAUAUUCUCUUUGGACCCUAUGAACCAUAUAUCCAUCAAGAAUUCUCACUGGUCAGACAGGAGAGGAACUACUACCUUGGUCACCAAAGCUGUCAAGAGGAAUGGAGAACUCCAAAUGUUACAUUUCUUAGGUUCCCCAAGGCUCUCAAAUCAUGAGGGUACCACAGGCUUUUAUUUCCCCCAUAGGGAAAUAGAGGUGAAUGUUAUUUUGCUAUUGUGGGUAAAUCCAAUUUCUCUUCGCUCUGAUAAUACAUGGUAUUAAGGCUUUCCCUAGAACCACGGUGGGUAUUCUAGCAGUUAGAGUAAACUAGGGUAGUGAGUGAACCAAGAAGAUACACAGGCAAGAAAAUCAGUUGAUUUAUUACAUGCUAUUUUUGCUACAUCUGUUUCAUAGUUCCAAGCAUUUGUGUAGAUAAUUGUCAUGUUCUCUGAACUAAUUUUUAGAAUAAAUCAGGGCAGAAAUAAAUAGAAGGAGAAAAAAAAGAGAGAGAAGGCUAAAAGGCUUUCUGCUUCAGAAAAGUUACUUUGCAAAUAUAAUAGUGUUGUUUGAGAGUGUUACCAAGUUUCAGUCAAAAUUCUAAAUUGUCACCAAACCACUGCGAUUUUUAAAAUUGCUUUGGCAGG